AUGGCUUCUGCAUUCGACAUCCUAGGUCUCAUUUUUGGCGUUCUUGGUUUCUUGUCCUCAAUUCCUGUGUUCUAUGCCAUCGUAUCGUCUCAGCUUCCGUCGCAGAAACUGAAAGAACUUGAUGAGGUCCUAGUCGAAACCGAACACAUCUGGCGUAACACUGUCAGAGAGGGCCUUUUCGCUGGAAAGCCGUUCGAAGAGAAGACAAACCUGGUGUUAUCAAUGCAACGUUGCCAGGCUGAGAAUCUUCGAUUGCAGGCACAUCGCGCCACAUCAUUUUUCCAGGAAUUCAAAGCAAUGCUCAGAGGCUUAUCGUGGAGUAUCUCUUACUUGUGCUUAAAGGUCAAAGAUACUCGCGCCGACAUCUCUUCGACAACGGCGGAGGAGAGAAAGCGGAUAGAGCUCGAAGCUAAACUCGAACAGCUUAGGAGACAAAAUGCAGCUGCAGUUCAGAUGCAGUCGACAACGCCGAUGGCUUCUAAUGCCGGAACUCCUCCCGAUAAGAAACAUCAUGAACACCACAAGUCUAGAGGUGUGCACGAUGCAGACGAAUUGUCCCCACCUUCGUCUGCUAUCGUUUGCGAUGCCUCGGAAUCGGACAGUGACAGCAGACAGUGGCAAGGCCAAGUCAUCAACGGUUUACAUGACGAUGAUGCAUCCCACCCCAUCUCCACCACACGCAGCGAUACUGCGAGCAGUGAUGGUACUACGUCGGAUAACGCCACAGUAUGCUACAAUUCUUGCGCUUCCCAGUCACAAGACACUAGUUCUCCUGCUGCACACAUCGUAGCACGGGGCGCGUCCAACAUUCCGAUGCAACUCUUAUGUGACUCCAUCGCAAGAGUAGCUGUUAAGCCUACACGCGCACCGUUGCACGGUACGCUGCCCGACACAGACAUGUCCGUCUAUAGUAUAGGGCCAGCCAUCGCACUGCUGCCUUUAUCCAGCGCAGCUCUAUCGCAACAAUCCUGCCAGGUGAAACAGGAAGCCGUUGUUCGGAGACCUCAUUUUUACAAGCCCGCUGUGGUCAGGAAUGCCACUCGGAUGAUGCCGCGCAGGAAGCGGUUUUCUGGCAGAUUCUCGGACGCGAGCGUCACGAGGCGGAAAAGUACUUCUUCUCCAGUACUUUCGGGCGACAUUGGUAGCAACGAUGUAGAAGAAUGCUGGGAGGAUUGCUCUGACGGUAAGGACACCAUUUGCAUCGAUGUACCUGAUGUCUCCUACAUGGUUUGA